AGUCCAACACUCCAAACACAAACACCGACGAAUCGUAACGUACGCGUACAAUGGCCACGCUGCGUUUCGGCUGCGUCCUCCUCGCUGCCCUGGCCACGCUCCUCGCCGCGGCGGCUGGCGGCGACCCGGGGAAGAUCGGGGUGUGCCACGGCCGCGUGGGCGGCAACCUCCCCGCGCCGGAGGCGGCCGCGGCGCUGCUGAGGAGUAACGGGAUCACCAAGGCGCGGCUCUUCCUCCCCGACCCGGCCGUGCUCCCGGCCUUCGCCGCGGCCGGCAUCGACCUCACGGUCGGCGUGCCCAACGAGAACCUCACCUUCCUCUCCGCGGCCGGGCCCGAGGGCGCGCUCCAGUGGCUGCGGUCCAACGGACUCGCUGCGGGCCCCGUUGCCGGCCGGCUCCGCUACCUCGCCGUCGGCAACGAGGUGCUCUACAACAACCAGUUCUACGCGCCGCACCUGGUGCCGGCCAUGCGGAACCUGCACGCCGCACUGGCCUCCCUGGGGCUCGACGGCGCCGUCAAGGUCUCCUCCGCGCACGCCUCGUCAGUGCUCGCGUCCUCCUACCCGCCCUCGGCCGGCGCGUUCGACGCCGCCCAGAUGGACGUGCUCCGGCCCAUGCUGCGGCUCCUGGCCGACACCGGCGCGCCAUUCAUGCUCAACGCCUACCCGUUCAUCAGCCACGUGGGCGACCCGGCCAACGUGCCGCUCGCCUACGCGCUCGGCGCCUCCGACGAGCCCGUGGUGCGCGACGGCGCGCUGGCGUACGCGGGCCUGUUCGACGCGACGGUGGACGCGGUGGUGGCGGCGCUCGAGCGGGAGGGCUUCGGCGGCGUGCCCGUGGCGGUGACCGAGACCGGGUGGCCCACCGCGGGGCACCCGGCCGCGACGCCGGAGAACGCGGCGGCGUACAACGGGAGGAUGGCGGAGCGGGCGGCGCGGGGCGUCGGCACGCCGCGCCGGCCAGGGGCGCCCGUGGAGGUUUUCCUGUUCGACCUCUACGACGAGGACGGCAAGACCGGCGCCGAGUUCGAGCGUCACUUCGGCAUCUUCAGGGCCGACGGCGUCAAGGCCUACAACAUCAACUUUGCUUAGUACUAGUAGAGCUGCUUGUAUGGAGAUGAUCUGCACGUUGUUGAUCUGUGGAUCAACUGGCCGAUAUGCUAGCGUGAUCUGUCCAUGUAUCUCCCGUUAUGUUAAUUUCUACGACUUGAACUUUAUGAUUUCA